ACCAUGAGGCGGUGCAUCAAAUAAAUGCAUUAAAAUGUUUUUUUAAAUAAUAAUAAAAAAAAGUUCCGGAAGUAACCUGUCACGCUCAGGUUCUAUGUUUCCACGGAAACCGUAAACGAGGAAGACAUGGCGGAGCUCUUGCAGAUUCAGACUGUACUCGAAGAGUUCCGAAAGCUACACUUUUACAAAGCAAGGUUAGCUGAGGCAACCAGACGGACGGAAUACAAGGCUUCUCUCCUAAUUCAGAGCUGGUUCCGAGGAUUCAAGGUGCGCUUUUACAUCAGGCGUCUGCAUGAGAAGGCGGUCAUUAUACAGAAGAUAUGGCGAGGCUUCAGAGCAAGGGCACGUUACAGACAAAUGGUGAUGGCAGCAUAUUUUAUCAUGAAGAUAAAGUUCUACAAUGACAUGGCGGUCAGGAUCCAGCGAAGGUGGCGAGGAUUCUAUGUGCGAAAGUACAUCCAUAGCUUCUAUUCUCGCAAGAGCUAUCUGGAAAGACUAUCCAGAACAAAUGAAUUAGUAAGGAGAGAGAUGGAUGAACUUGAAGAGCUCCAGAAGAGAGAGAGAAUCUGUCUGAAAAAGGUGAACGAGCAAAAAGCCAAAGUCUACCAAGCUUACAGAUGGCACCACCUCCUCAGCACAAAACAGUGCCCAGGGGUCUUCAACUCUCCAUUCAGGCUUGCCCCCCAUGAGAUGGAGUUACUAUUGAGGGAGGUCAAGUACCUGACCCCCACCACGCUAGUCCCUCAGGACUGUGGUCAUCUCAUACCUGCAGCUCCAACACACUCGAGUUUUGAUGGGACUGGGACUGAAUCCCUGAGGAGCAAAACAAGAGCCUGCUGUUCCCCCAAGCCUAUACUUCCCCGUAUCACUAGCACAAAACAGCAGGUCCGGAUCAGAGACCCCAGAGAAAUGUGGGAGCAAAAUGUACGUUUUCCUGAGCUCACUGUAGGUCUGCAGAACUCGUGCACGCACUUUGAAGAGGCUCAGAAUGACUUGCAUUUCUACAGUGGCACACCAGGACCAGAAAGUACGCACCACCAUUUGGACCACAGAAGUCUUGCCAUUCCUCAUCCAGAAAAUGCCAUGAAUCUCACAUAAUGCCGAUACCAACAGCAGCUUGGCAUCACCAUCGCAUGCCUGAAAAUGCCUUCACGGCUUGUGUGUGGAGAGCAGAGGUGCUGACAGGGCCGUGUGGCACUGCGGUGUUCUCAAGAGGAAUGUGAAGAAAAGAAGGAAGAAACUGAAAUCCUUACGUUCUGUCGGGAUCAAAUGUGACGCUUUUGGACAUGUUUCCUAUUGCAAUCCAAAUGCAAGAAUGAAAAGACAUAAAAAUGACAGUCUUUCGUGCAGGUGCGACCAAGUUUGUUUCUACUGUGACAGUCAAAUUGGAGACAUUUACUAAAACGUAUUUUUCGGUUAACUAGUGAUAAAAUGUAUUUUCAAUUAACUAGUAUGCGUUAAAAUGGUGGUAAUAGAAAAAGUCUUCAGAGUAGUGUGUCUUCAUUCUCCAGUAAUUUUUCUACCCUGAUCUGCUCAGAAAAUAGUCGUGAAUGUUGCACAUAAUCAAUAUUUACAAAUCAACUUGUAAAAUGCACAAAACACGCUGCAAUUUGAGGUCUGACAGCUUCUGUACAUGAUUGCAUGUUUCAUGUGCUUGCACGAGCGUGUGUCAGGGUUAUCGUAAGGUCACGGAUGAAGCUGCAGGGAAGAGGGCCAAAUGCCAUUGCGACACACACACACACACACACACCAGAGAGAGGGGCAGGGUUGAGCCGACAGGACAUCGACGGUGUGAUUCACCUGUCGCUUCGGAGGAAAAUCACAUCAGAGAUAGCCACAAUCCCAAUCUAGAAUCCCCCUACCCUACAUCUACAGUUAACAGUGAAAAUCUAGAAUACUAGUUCAAAUAGAAGUUCAUUUAGGAGCCAGUUAAGCAUACAUGCUAUAGGCCACAUCCAGUACUUUCCAUUACAGCUCUAAUAGGGCCAUAUUUCCACAUUACGUAUUAAGUUUGCUGUUUGCGCACCUUCAAGAUAUACACUGCAUAAGAGCAUAAGCAUUUGUGGAUAACCACAAAAGAGGCAGAAGUCAAAGAAGUCCGAGGGUGGCUGCAUUUCCUUCAGCGUUUCACUGAACGGAUAUGGAAGUAAUGCAAGUUGAGAUUUUCAUUCAUCCCGGUCCGGUCAUUUCAUUCUCUGCACUAAGUCAAUCGCAACUCUACUGUUUGCCAUAGAAGCCUCAUCUGAGCAGGUUUCAUAUGGUCGUGCAACAAGACUUGGGAUAAAAAUAGCUAGUUUUGUCUUACUUUUGCCCUAACCAAUCAGUAUUGCGUGACUUGAUGAGAGCUGAAAUGUUUUCAGAGACAACCAGAACAGUCCAGUUGCUCAUGAUUCGAAGCCUUGUGAAUACGGAAGUUGUCACCUGUCAGACGUGCCCAUUUCUAACGUGCCCAUUGCUCCAUCACGCUUUGUACGAGAGCAAGUCUAAUUGUAUUCUGUAUGAAAUAAAUCCAAUAAAAGUAAUUGACAGUGCUCAUGACUGAACGCCUGUUUGAAGGGAUAUA